AUUCCUGUAAAUAUGUUUUUUCUCAUACCGUUAAAAAAAGGCACGCUUGGUAUUUAAAAAAUAUCAAUAAUAAAAAAAGAUCUACAUGGUUCUUGUCAAUUGUCCUAAAAUUUUAUAUAUCUGAGUAAACUUCCAAAAAAAAAAAAACAUAUCUUUUGUAAAAAGGAAACAUAGAGAAAUGUUUGGGUUUCGGCAUGUAGUGUGUGUACUUUGGUGUUAUAAGACAUAUCGGGUCACUGAUGCGAUUAAAUCAAACCCCAAUCGCUCUCUCCUUUCACCCUUCAAACUUAAGUGGAAGAAGAAAGAAAAUAAAGUUGAGAUCAUCCAAUAUGAGCAUGGAGAUUGCAAAAGAAAAGGCUGAGAAUCAAACUUGGAGAGACCUUCCCUUGGAGCUUCUCAUCUCUGUAAUGACUACUCUUGAAAUCGAAGACAACGUACGUGCUUCUGCCGUAUGCAAACCUUGGUACGAGGCAGCAGUGUCUGUUAGAAUCACAGACCAGCCUCCUUGGCUCAUGUACUUCCCUAAAUCAAGAAACUCUUUCGAGUUUUACAAUCCAUCAAACUCCAAGAGACAUACAAAGGAGCUGCCUAAAUCAUUAGCUGGCUCUAAAGUGCGUUACUCUAAAGACGGGUGGCUCCUUAUGUGCAAAAGCAUUUCAACAGAUUUCGUCUUGUUCAAUCCAUUUACUAUGGAUCUUGUGGUCUUGCCUGAUCUUGAGCUGUGGCAUGGUUACCAGUUAGUGGGAUUCUCUUGUGCUCCUACGUCAAGCGAUUGUGUGGUGUUAAUCAUCAAAGACUAUGAUCCAGGCCAUGUUACAAUCCGUACAUGGAGUCCGGGUGAAACCACGUGGACUUCAAUGCACGUCUCGUCUCAGUUUCUUGAUGCUAAACGUAACUAUGUUGUCUUCUCGAAUGGUUUGUUUUACUGCCUCAACUUAAGAAACUGCCUCGCGGUUAUUGAUCCAUCUUUACGGACGUGGAAUGUCCUUGACAUACCGCCACCAGUAUGUCCUGUUCACAUUGAUGACGAGAGUUGGUAUGAAGGUAAGUUCAUGGUGGGUUACAAAGGAGACGUAUCUCUCAUAUGUACAUUUGGAAAUGCAGAGCCUUUGGUGUUUAAACUCGAUCUUACACUACGUGUUUGGGAGAAGAAGGAAAAUAUUGGUAGUUUGACGAUCUUUGGGAGCAUUAAUUCAUGUGAAUCGAGGACGUAUGUCCAUGAGGGGAUGCUGAGGAACAGUAUCUACUUUCCUAAGUUAUGUGACAAUGAGAACCGGUGCGUAACUUAUUCGUUUGAUGAAGGGCGAUACCAUCCGCGGCGUGAGCACAAUGUUAAUUGGGGAAAGCAACGAUCUUCUGAGAACAUUUGGAUCGAGCCUCCUGAGAACGCUUUGGAGCUAAUCUAAGAGAAAAAUGUCAAUGUUGUCUAUGUAUUAAAAAGAGAAUAAACGUUUCCAUCACAAGAAUAAUAAUGGGUAUUAAUCUCGAGUCUGAUUAAGAAGUGUGGCAUGUAUUGGUAGAGACAAUGGGUUAGUCAGAGUUGUGAUUAGUGCUCUGAAUUUUAAUUAACUUCCACUUGAAAUGUCCUGACCCAGAAAUUUUUGGAAUUUUUCUUCUAAAUUCUAAGUAAAUUUUCAAUAAA